AGAUGUAACAAGUUCUGGCCAUACACCAACAAUCUCAUGUUACAAUGAAGUACAAAUCUACCAUACAACACAAUCGAUGAACCAACACAAUUGAUGAACUGACACAAUAAUUGAACCCAACACAAUCAAUGAACAAACACAAUCUCCUUAACACAUCCACCAUUACGAUAAAUUGAAAAUGAGAAAUUUUUCUCAAUGGGACAGAGAAAUACUCCAUCGGAAAAGCAAAGGCCCAAUUUUAUUAGAUCUGUUACUUUGGACAGGAUAUUUCAAUUUUUUAUAAUUUGAUGAAACUUAAAAACAUAUACAGUAAUCAUUAAUCAGUGCGCUUGUGACUAAGUGUUUAAUCUAUAUCUCAUCAAACAUAUUAGUUCAUUGAUGAAUUUAACAAUGAUUGAUGAUCACACAUACUGUCAACCCAGUGUAUGCAGUAUAAGUGAUCAAGAACAUCAAGAUUGGCUUGAUCUUAUACUCUGCAAAUAUGACAACCCUAUAUCAAUUAGUAAACAAGGAGUUGCGCAUGUUGAUCAUACAUACUUUGAAACUGACUUAUCUAAUGAGCCACUCAUAAUUGAUUUGAGGAAUGAACAGGGAAAUAUCCAAACUGAUGUAACAGACUUAAAUGAUGAUUUCACAGACUCAAAUGAUGAUUUUACAGACUUAAAUGAUGAUUUUACAAACUCAAAUGAUGAUUAUACAGACUCAAAUGGGCAUUUUGAUCAUACAUAUUGUGAAACGGAUUUAUCUGAUGAGCCACUCAUAAUUGAUUUGAGGAAAGAACAGGGAAAUACCCAAACUGAUGUUACUUACUUAAAUGAUGAUUUCACAGACUCAAAUGAUGAUUUUACAGACUCAAAUGAUGAUUAUACAGACUCAAAUGGGCAUUUUGAUCACACAUACUGUGAAACUGAUUUAUCUGUUGAUCAUACAUACUGUACAACUGACUUAUUUAAUAAUGAGCCACUCAUAAUUGAUUUAAGGAAUGAACAGGGAAAUAUCCAAACUGAUGUUACAGACUUAAAUGAUGAUUUUCCAGACUCAAAUGAUGAUUUCACAGACUCAAAUGAUGAUUUUACAGACUCAAAUGAUGAUUAUACAGACUCAAAUGGGCAUUUUGAUCAUACAUACUGUGAACCGGAUUUAUCUAAUGAGCCACUCAUAAUUGAUUUGAGGAAAGAACAGGGAAAUAUCCAAACUGAUGUUACAGACUUAAAUCAUGUUAUUGGCUCAAAUGAUGAUUUUACAGACUCAAAUGGGCAUGUUGAUCAUACAUACUGUACAACUGACCUAUCUUAUAAUGAGCCACUCAUAAUGGAUAUCAGGAAUGAACAGGGAAAUAUCAAAACUGAUGUUACAGCCUUAAAUGAUGAUGUUACAGACUUAGAUAAUAUUAUUGGCUCAAAUGAUAAUGUUACACACUCAAAUGGGCACAUUGGUCAUACAUACUUUGCAACAGACCCAUCUAAUAAGCAACACAUUAUGGAUAUCAAGAAUGAUCAGGGAAAUAUCAACAAUGAUGUUACGGACUUAAAUGGUGAUGAUAAAGACUCAAAUAAUGAUGUUAUUGACUCAAAUGAUGAUGUCAUAGACUCAAAUGGGCAUGUUGAUCAUACAUACUGUAAAACUGACUCAUCUAAUGAGCAACUCAUAGUGGAUAUUAAAAGUGAACAGGAAAGUGAUUAUCAGUCAAACCAAGAUGAAGAUUUCAAUAAUUAUACUGAAAAUGACAAGCCACAACUGAGAAAUCAGAAAGAAAUUGAUGUAAAUGUAAAGCCUUAUUGUAAAACCUAUGGUGUUAAUUAUGAGAAUGCAGGAAUUAAAAAUGAACAUGUGAUAGAUGGUACAUAUCUUGAACCCAGUAUUUUGAAAAAAUCUGAGCCAGUAGAUUUUACAGAACAUGGGAAAACGUUUGAGAGGAGAAUUCCUCAUUGUCCUAAUGAAACUAAUGUGCAUUUUAACUCAAACAUUAAAAUAGAGGACCCUGGUGAAUGUUAUAAUGAAGGGGUAAUAUAUGAACAUCAUGAACACAUGACAAUGGACUGGAGUCUGGAGAAUGAGACCAAUGAUAUGAGCUUUGAUUAUGAGACCCAUGAAGGACAUUUUAAGCAAGAGACCCAUGAAAGGAACUCUAAACAAGAGAUCCACGAAGGGAAUUUUGAGCAUUUUAUCAAUGGAAGGAACUUUGUUAAGGCCCAUGAAGGACAUUUUAAGCAUGAGACCCAUGUAGAGAACUUUGAAUAUGAGACCCAAGAACGAAACUCCAUACAUGAGACCCAUGAAGGGAACCUUGUUGAUGCCCACGAAGGUUAUGUUAAGCAUGAUACCCAUGAAGAGAACUUUGAAUAUGAGACCCAAGAAGGGAAUUCCAUACAUGAGACCCAUGAAGGGAACCUUGUUGAUGCCCACGAAGGUUAUGUUAAGCAUGAGACCCAUGAAGAGAACUUUGAAUAUGAGACCCAAGAAGGGAAUUCCAUACUUGAGACCCAUGAAGGGAACCUUGUUGAUGCCCACGAAGGUUAUGUUCAGCAUGAGACCCAUGAAGAGAACCUUGUUGGGGCUCAUGAAGGGCAUUUUAAGCAAGAAACCCAUGAAAGGAACUUUAAACAUGAGACCCACGAAGGGAUUUUUGAGUAUUAUACCAAUUUUGAGACCCAUGAGGGACAUUUAAAGCAUGAGACCCAUGAAGAGAACUUUGAAUAUGAGACCCAAGAUUGGAACUCUAAACAUGAGACCCACGAAAGGAAUUUUGAGUAUUAUACCAAUGUUGAGACCCAUGAAGGACAUUUUAAGCAUGAGAACUUUGAAGAUGCGGCAAAUGAAGAGAACUUAGAAUGUGAGAAAAAUGAAGAGAACUUUGAACAUGAGGCAAAUGGAGAGAAUUUUGAAUGUGAGGCAAAUAAAGAGAAUUUUGAACUUGAGGCAAAUGAAGAGAAUUUUGAAUGUGAGGCAAAUGAAGAGAAUUUUGAAUGUGAGGCAAAUAAAGAGAAUUUUGAACUUGAGGCAAAUGAAGGGAAUUUUGAAUGUGAGGCAAAUAAAGAGAAUUUUGAACUUGAGGCAAAUGAAGAGAAUUUUGAAUGUGAGGCAAAUGAAGAGAAUUUUGAAUGUGAGGCAAAUGAAGAGAAUUUUGAACAUGAGGCAAAUGAAGAGAACUUUAAAUGUGAGGUUAAUGAAGAGAACUAUGAACACGAGGCAAAUGAAGAGAACUUUAAACAUGUGACAAAUGAAGAGAACAUUGAACAUGAGGUAAAUGAAGAGAACUUUAAACAUGUGACAAAUGAAGAGAACGUUGAAUGUGAGGCAUACGAAGGUAACUUUGAACAUGAAACAAAUGAAAAGAACUUUGAAUGUGAUGCAAAUGAAAAGAACUUUGAGCAUGUAGCAAAUGAAAAGAACUUGGAACAUGUAGCAAAUGAAAAGAACUUGGAACAUGAAGCAAAUGAAAAGAACUUGGAACAUGAGGCAAAUGACUCUGGACAUCAGACCUGUAAAGGGAAUGAUGAGGAAAAUCUUUCACUUGAAACUAUACCAUCAGAGUGUAUCAAAUCUGAACCUGUUCAGAAAACAUUCCCUGUGGAUAUUAACCCCACUGCUGAUCUCCAUGCACCUAGAAGCUCUCUCAUGCCUAAAUCAAGUCUUACUGUACAAGUUUAUAAUCAGAAAGUCUCAAGUAAAUCAGAAAAGAAAAGUGACAAAGAAUUUCUAGGGUUUUGUAAGCAUUGUGACGAGGGAUUUACAAAUCGUCAAAAAUUAAAAACUCAUGAAAAGAAUCAUAUUGCUGUGUUGUCUGAUGUAAAAUAUUCUUGUGAAAACUGUGACAAGGUUUUUCCAACUGAAUCCAAGUUAAAAACACAUAGCAAAUCCCACACUAUAUAUUGUUGUAUACACUGUGAUAAAACAUUUCCUGCACUUUGUAAUUUGAAGGCACAUAGUCUGGCACAUACUGGUGCGAAACCAUUCAAAUGUAAGAAAUGUGGAAAUUCAUACAAAACGAAGGAACAUAUGAAAAGGCAUGAAAAUACACAUGGUGACAUUAAAGCCUUCAUGUGUGAUAUUUGUAAUAGAGGCUUUGGACGUCGAGAUUCUCUUAAAGUGCAUAUGAGGACCCAUACUGGAGAAAAACCACACAAAUGUAAGAUGUGCCCCAUGGCUUUCACGCGAAGUGAUAAUCUUAAAAAACAUGAAAGAACUCACACUGGAGAAAAAGAUGAAAAAUAUUUUCGUUUCAAAUGCCCAGAUUGUGAGAGUUCUUUUACACGUAGUGAUUCCUUUAAAUUCCACAGAAAAAAGCACCUUGGCAUAAAAGAAUUUCUAUGUAAACAUUGUGGGAAAAGUUUUUUUAGAGAACAUCAUAUGAGAAUUCAUGAAAGGAUUCAUACUGGUGAGAAGCCAUUUAAAUGUGCACAUUGUGGAAAGGCAUUCCAUCGAGCUGAUCAUUUGAGAAGUCAUGAGAGACUCCACACUGGAGAGAGAUUUCACUGUACAGAGUGUGGUGAAUUAUUCACCGAAAAAGGAGACUUAAAAAGCCAUGUAGCUUCCAGACACUCUGAAUACCCUUGUAAACAAUGUGAUCAAAUAUUUCCCAGUGAAUAUAGUCUAAAACAGCAUAACAAGAUUCAUUCUAAAUAUUUCCAUUGUGAAUUGUGUAAGAGAAAAUUUGGUCGUUCAGAUGCACUCACAAGACAUCAAAAACGGGUCCACAACAAUGAAAAACCUUUCAAGUGUGCCAAAUGUGAUAAAACUUUUCAACGUAAACAGACCUUGCAAAAUCAUCUCAAGAAAUAUCAUUAAGGCAAUUUUAGUUUGAAUGAAUGUGAGUUUAACUUUUGCUAUGUGGAAAGGAUCUUUACAAAUAUUGUGCAAAUCACAAACAUGGUGCAAAAGUUAUGGUAAAGUAAGAUUAUAUUCAUGUUAUGGUAUUUUUGAGUAUAAUGUGAAUGUAGAGUAGUUGAGAUUAGUCAGCUUUUAUUUUUGUACUGACUAAUAAUCAUAUCUAAAGAGUCAAUAAAAGAUAAACAUAACAACUUAAAUUGCUUUAUGUGGGUAUGUACAAUUAUUGUGUUACCUGUACAAUAACACCCAGUGAUAUUUCUAAUAUUAUGGAGAUCCGUGUGAUAUUUUUCAGAAAAUUGUUUAUCAGCCUCAAUUGCAAGUGAUAUUGUUUAUGUUUAUCAGCCAUGCAUAUCCCAAUUUGU